AUGGCAUUAGAGAUCAAGACGACCAGAACAUCGAAGAUCUCUUUCGAAGCGUGGUUUCCAGAGGACUGGUCUGGUCGAUUUCUGGCAACGGGAAACGGAGGCAUUGAUGGCUGCAUCAAGUAUGAGGAUAUCGCAUAUGGAGCGUCGAAUGGCUUCGCUAGCGUUGGUGCAAACAACGGCCACAACGGUACUACAGGAGUCGCCUACCUCAACAACCCCGAAAUGGUAGUUGAUUUUGCCUGGCGAUCUGUUGAAGCGGGCAAAGCCUUGACCAAGGAGUUUUAUGGAAAGUGCCAUACCAAAUCUUAUUACUUGGGUUGUUCCCUCGGUGGACGCCAAGGCAUCAAGAGUGCAGAGAAAUUCCCGAAUGACUUCGAUGGCAUCGUUGCCGGCGCUCCAGGCGUCGAUUUCAACAACCUGAUCUCCUGGCGUGCGCACUUUUACACCAUCACCGGCCCCGUCAAAGGCGCAGACUUCAUCCCGAAGACUGCGUGGCAGACAUGGAUCCACGAUGAGGUGCUACGCCAAUGCGAUACCAUCGACAAAGCCAAGGACGGCAUCAUCGAAGAUCCAACCUUAUGCAAGUUCGAUCCCACAACCUUACUUUGUGAUCGCAACACCACAAACACGACCAACUGCCUAAACAACAACCAAGUCCAGCAGCUUCAAAAAAUCUUCAGCGACUACCGCUUCCCAAACGGCGAACUAAUCUACCCCGCCAUGCAAACCGGUAGCGAAAUUAACGCCGUUGACAAACUCUACGCCGGCGCCCCAUUCGCCUACUCAGACGACUGGUUCAAAUAUGUCGUCUACAACGACCCAACGUGGAACGCAUCGGAAUACGGGUACGACGACGCGCAAGCAGCCCAGGACCUCAACCCGGGCGAUAUUCGCACCUACCCUUCUUCUUUGCCCGGCUUCAAGCAGAAUGGCGGGAAGCUGCUCAUGUACCACGGCCAGCAGGAUAACCAGAUUACGUCCUUCAAUACCAACCGGUUUUAUGAGCACCUUCGCGGUGACAACACGUACGUGGAGAUGGAUGAAUGGACGCGUUUCUUCCGUAUCUCGGGCAUGUUCCAUUGCAGCACGGGUCCUGGGGCGUGGGUGUUGGGUCAGGGUGGGAAUGCGGCACAGGCUGGUAUCCCAUUUGAUGCGCAGCAUAAUGUGCUUGCGGCGAUAGUGGAUUGGGUGGAGAAGGGUAUUGCGCCGGAGUUUAUUGAAGGCACGAAGUUUGUGAAUGAUACUGUAAAGAGUGGAGUCGACUUUACGAGGAGGCAUUGCAAGUAUCCGGCGAGGAACACGUUUGUUGGGGGAGAUUAUAAGAAGCCUGAGAGCUGGGAAUGCAGAGCAUAG